UCACUACAGAUGCACAAACCAGGAUAUUGCUGUGUAUGAUUCUCUGUUUAUUUGUCUUAAUGUAAGGUGUGUUAUUAAGUUAUAAAUGAUCAUUUAAGCAUGGAUUCUUCUGAUGUUGUUGAAUAUCAGCUUCUUUUUAAUGAAUCAGCAAAUGUGCCUGACAUAACUGCAGUGACUAUUUCAUAUUUAUUUUGUAUUUUUUCUGGCUCGUUGUCAGUUCUCAUAACGUUUGGAAACCUACUUGUAAUCAUCUCCAUUGUUUACUUCAAACAGCUCCACACUCCUACAAACUUCCUGAUGCUCUCUCUGGCUGUGGCUGACCUGGUAGUUGGACUUUUCAUCUUGCCUUUCACUGUCAUCCUCGUUGUCAGCUCAUACUGGCGUCUGUAUGAUCUACUUUGUAGGGUACGGAGCAGCUUAGAUGCGUUGCUGUGUAAUUCUUCCGUAUGGAACAUGUGCUUCAUUUCUGUUGACAGAUAUUAUGCAGUAUGUCAUCCUUUGGUAUACAGAAUUAAAAUAAAUGUCCGUGUUGUUGGGAUCAUGAUCAUGGUGUCCUGGACUAUUGCCACUCUGAAUGGAAUUAUUUUCACAUUCCAGGCCCCAGAUAAAGGACAAAAAUACAAGAGGUGUGCUUCAUUUCAAAAUAAAGCACAGGGUACAGUAGUUGUGGUAGCUUUAAUUGCAUUUUUUUUCCCAGCUAUUGUGAUGUUUGCACUCUACCUAAAGAUUUUCAUGGUGGCACAGAGACAAGCACGCAGCAUCCUGAGCAUGGCAAACUCUGCUGCAGCUGCCAGUAAAAUGGAGAGAAAGGCGACUAAAACUCUGUCUAUUGUGGUGGGGAGUUUUCUCCUGUGUUGGACGCCUUUCAUUCUGUGUAUGAGCUUUAAUCCUUUGAGCAAUUAUACAAUACCUUUUCAUGUCAUGCAAUUUUUUAAGUGGCUUGGAUGGUCAAAUUCAAUGUUCAAUCCCUUUAUUUAUGCUUUCUUUUACAGCCAGUUUCGAUCAGCUUUCAGGAUGAUCAUGACUGGGAAAAUAUUUAAAGAUGUCUCUAAUUGUAAGCUCUUUUGAUCUAUAACAUACUCGAUCUACUUGACCCAUAAAACAUUUUAAUGGGUCAAUGCCUCUAUGAACAUCAUGUGUAUCUUAUUUACUUGUUAUUUCCAUUCUACUAUGUCAUUCAUACAGGCAUACUAAUUUAAGCUUCUGACUUUUACGAGUACUUCACAGGUGAAAAUACAAUGUUGCCUGAUUAAUCAUUAAUUAAAUGACUUUAAUUAAUGAUGCCACGUAAUAAUCAAAAAACAUGAUUUAGUGUAUUUAGUGUAGAAUGUGUUUCAGGAUAUGUGUCAGGCAGUUUCAAUGCUGUUCUGUGAUACAUCAAUCUUGCACUUUGCUUUGUAAUCAUGACUUUGUCAACAACAUUUAUUCUAACGAUGAUUAGAUGUGUGUGUGUGUGUGUCCUUGUAAAAUGUUGCCUUGGUCUGAAAAAAAACAAAAGCUGUAAAACUACUUAGCUAUGUUCAAACACUCAUAUGAAAGCUUGCUUUGAGAUUAAAGAUAUUAAUCACUUGCAACAAAAAUA